CCGCCAUGGCAACGCCGCUCCUCUCCACUUCCGGGAACGAAGGGGCGGAGACCCGUAAUCCGGAAGUGGUGCCAAAGCCUUUUCCGGUUCUGCUCGCGUUGCGUUUUUCCUCGCGUCACCGCCGGCAUGAAGCCGAUCCUGCUGCAGGGCCAUGAGCGGUCCAUUACGCAGAUUAAGUACAACCGCGAGGGAGACCUCCUCUUCACGGUGGCCAAGGACCCGAUUGUCAAUGUAUGGUACUCUGUGAAUGGUGAGAGGCUGGGCACCUAUAUGGGCCAUACCGGAGCUGUGUGGUGUGUGGACGCUGACUGGGACACCAAGCAUGUCCUCACCGGCUCAGCUGACAACAGCUGUCGUCUCUGGGACUGUGAAACAGGGAAGCAGCUGGCCCUACUCAAGACCAAUUCAGCAGUCCGGACCUGUGGCUUUGACUUCGGGGGCAACAUCAUCAUGUUCUCCACGGACAAGCAGAUGGGCUACCAGUGCUUCGUGAGCUUCUUCGACCUGCGGGAUCCGAGCCAGAUUGACAACAACGAGCCCUACAUGAAGAUCCCGUGCAACGACUCCAAGAUCACCAGUGCUGUUUGGGGACCCCUUGGCGAGUGCAUCAUUGCAGGCCAUGAGGGCGGAGAGCUCAACCAGUAUAGCGCCAAGUCUGGGGAGGUAUUGGUGACUAUUAAGGAGCACUCCCGGCAGAUCAAUGACAUCCAGUUAUCCAGGGACAUGACUAUGUUUGUCACUGCAUCCAAGGACAACACAGCCAAGCUCUUUGACUCCACAACCCUUGAACACCAGAAGACUUUCCGGACAGAGCGUCCCGUCAACUCAGCUGCCCUCUCUCCCAACUAUGACCAUGUGGUGCUGGGCGGUGGUCAGGAAGCAAUGGAUGUAACCACCACUUCCACCAGGAUUGGCAAGUUUGAGGCCAGGUUCUUCCACUUGGCCUUUGAAGAAGAGUUUGGAAGAAUCAAGGGUCACUUUGGACCUAUCAACAGUGUUGCCUUCCAUCCUGAUGGCAAGAGCUACAGCAGCGGCGGAGAAGAUGGUUAUGUCCGCAUCCACUACUUCGACCCACAGUACUUUGAAUUUGAGUUUGAGGCUUAAGAAGCCGGAUCUCAAAAAAAAAAAAAAAAAGAAGCCGGAUCUCUGGGAAUUCCCUGGCUAUCCAGUGAUUAGGACUCCGAGCUUCCACUGCACACCACACACACACACACACACACACACACGCCAGAUCUCCAUAUGGGCCAGGUUCACAGAAGGCUUUGGACUCUGAGAAAUAAAUUAGUUUGGAAAUAAA